AUGCUCAUCCUCCUUAGCCUUUUCGCGUUGGCAGCUUCCCAGCAGAUUGGCACCCAUGAGGUGGAGGCUCAUCCGGAGAUGGCCCUUUGGACCUGUGACGCCGGUGGCUGUACGAAGGAGAUGAAGUCCAUCGUGCUGGAUGCGAACUGGCGUUGGCUCCACAACGGCCAGUACACGAACUGCUACAAGGAUGGUGACUGGGACAGCACCUUGUGCCCGGACCCAGUCACUUGUGCAGCCAACUGUCACCUGGAGGGUAACACCGAGAAGCAGUACAAGAGCACUUACGGCAUCAAGACCAUUCAGGAUGGGGUCGAGCUGGGCUUUGUCACCACCACCAAGUAUGGAUCGAACUUUGGCUCCCGCGUCUACAUGCUAGACGAUGAGAACACCUACAAGAUGUUCAAGCUCAAGAACCGCGAGUUCACGUUGACGGCACAGAUGAAGAAGAUGCCGUGUGGCCUAAAUGGCGCCGUGUACUUUGUGGAGAUGGAUGCAGAUGGCGGGAAGGCCAGGAGUGGCGGCACCAACGUAGCCGGGGCCAAGUAUGGCACCGGCUACUGCGAUGCUCAGUGCCCUCAUGAUAUGAAGUUCAUGAACGGCAAGGCCAAUGUCAUCGGUUGGAAUGCCAGCCAUGACCCUCCCAUCGGAGAUUGGGGCUUCUGCUGUGCAGAAAUGGAUAUUUGGGAGGCCAACAGCCGUGCCACGGCCUACACGCCACACCCGUGUUCCAUCACAGGACCAUACAUCUGCGAGGGCAUUGAGUGUGGCGACAAUUCCAAGGACGAGCGCUACGACGGUGUUUGCGACAAGGACGGCUGCGACUACAACCACUGGCGCCUCGGCGCGGAGGACUAUUAUGGACGCGGCAGGAAGUUCACGGUCAACUCCAAGAGAGAAGUUACCGUCGUUACGCAGUUCCUCACCGAGGGUAACACGGAUGAUGGAGACCUGAUCGACAUUCGGCGGUUCUACGUGCAGAAUGGAAAGGUGAUCCCGAAUUCCAACAUAUCCCUCGCGGGCCUGUCAGGCGACUCUGUCACUGACAGUGUUUGUGCCGACAUGAAGACAGCCUUUGGAGACAUCAACGACUUUGCCCGAAAGGGUGGCCUGAAAGCCAUGGGAGAAGCCUUGGACAGAGGUAUGGUGCUUGUCAUGUCUCUCUGGGACGACUCAGAGGCCAAUAUGCUCUGGCUUGACUCGGACUACCCGCUUGGUAAGGAUCCGAGCAUCCCAGGUGUCAACAGAGGGCCCUGCAGAACCGACACCGGCAAGCCCGCCUACCUUCGAAACAAGUAUCCUCGGGCAGAGGUGCAGUACAGCAAAGUCAAGGUUGGCACCAUUGGCUCGACUUUCGGGGCAGUGGAUGAUGCAGACGAUGACGAGGAUGACGAAUAUGGUGACGACAGGAGGCUAAACGAAGUUCUUAUUUAA